AUGUCGGAUCGUCGUCAUCGUCUUCCCAAACUGACCAAGGAAGAAGCAGAGCUCUUCUCACAGGACCUCUACGACAUUUUGGGCGUAUCGCCAGGAGCCUCACGUAAGGACAUUACAACAGCCUACCGUUCGCUAGCCAAAAAGUUUCAUCCCGAUAAGAUUGGCGCUGGAUCCGAAGAUACAUUUAAUCACAUCAAAGGAGCCUACGAAAUACUCAAGGACCCGACGUUAAAGGCACGCUACGAUAAACAGUUCCAAACUCGACCACGACAAUCCGCACUGCAAAAGGCCGAACAACUGUUCCAACAAGCCCGCGACAAUCUAUCCAAGCAACAACAGGACGAAGUGACGCGACUCGCCCAACAGCACCAGCAAGAAAUGGACCGUCUCGUCAAAAAGCACGCCACCGAAACCACCCGUAUGAAGACUGAGCAGGAAAUGAUGCGGGAAAUGUUUCGCAAGCAAGAGCAAGAUCGUCAACGGGCUCAGGAACGACAAGCUGAACAACAAGCCGAAGAAGCACGACGAAAGCAGCAAGCCGAACGAGAACAACAAGCCGAAGCCCGACGAAAGCAAGCCGAACGAGCACAGCAAGAAGCACGACGCAAGGAACAAGCCGAACAAGCACGACGAAAACAAGCGGAGGAACGGCAAAGAAAGGCCGAGGAAGAACGAGCACGACGAGCACAAGCGGCCGCCAAGCGAGUAUGGGAGGAGCAAGAAGCCCAGAGAAAGCAAGCUGCUGAAGCUGCUGCAAGAGCUGAGAAGGAAACUGCCGAUCACAUUGCCAAACUUCGAAAGCAAAUGGCUUGGGAGGCCGACAAUCGCAAGGUCGCAGAACUACUGAACGAAUAUCUAUCCGCCCACCGUUUGGAACUGGAAGAGAUGAAGCGAUUUCGAGAGAAAGACCUGGAAGUGGCUCAAAUCUUUUGGGAAUUCGCUGCCAAGCACAAGGAUGGCGAAGAAGCAAAUGCAUUCCCAGUGGGGUGGAUUUAUGUCAAGGAGAGCAAGAGCGAAGACUAG